AUUGAUAAUAUAAAUUACGAAUUGGGCUUUAUGAAGAACUUCAAAAUUUGUUUGAAUCAGUUGCAAUUGCAAGUAAGCUUUCUUAAAUUCUCGAAAAUUGUUGAUUAAAUUUAAACGAUUUCUAAAUUUCACUUUGUAUUGUUAUACUAAUAAUGCAUUUCAAAUGGAAGCUGAUGAAAGGGAGAAGUUUCAUUUAUGGUCCCAUGGACUUAUUUUGAAGAAAAUUAGAGUGAAUACUUAAAUUUGAACAUUACUAUGGUUUGAAAUUAUUAAAGUUAACAAGUAAUAAGUUUAAUGAAACAUUAAAAAAAUUGACAUGGAUCACUUAAGUCAAUUACAAAAAGAAAUUAUGGAGCUAAAUUCUGAAAACAAAAAUCUCCAAGAAAAAGUUGCAGUACUUAAAGAUUGCUUGUCAUUAGAAAAGGUUAAACAAAAAAUAUAUGAAUUGGAAAAGAAAGAAAAAAUAUUAGUACUGUUAGAGAGUAAGGUAGAAAAAAUGAAACUUGAUAUUAAGCCACUUAAGUAUUUAAGAACUAUUUUAUAUCAACAACAAAAUCAUUUAAUGAAAGAUGAUUUAAAGAAAAAACAAUCUAUUGAAACUAUAACUGGAUCAUUAAAUGAAAAUAGCACAUCGGAUUUGUUGAGUGAUGUUGAUAGUGAAAGCAGUAUUCGAGUAUUAUCUGAGUAUGAUAUCAUAUCUGAUGAAGAAAUUAUAAAAAAUUACAAUGAUAAAAAUCCAAGUAAAAUUUUGUAUUGUGAUACACUUGACCAAGCUUCUCUCAAGUAUUCUGAAUUGAGUAUCAUACCAAAUCCUAGUUUGGUAGAAUUGACUAAAAUUAAUGAUAGACUGGAAAAAACUAAUACAUGGGUACAAAAUAAUUAUAAUGACUCAAUAAUGUCUGAUAUUGAUUGUAGCUUUUUGGCAUUGCCUUUACUUAAUUCAAAUCAUAAUGAUAAAUAUUACCAAGAAAUAAAUGAGAAAACUGGAAAACUCCUAUCAUGCAAUAGUUAUACUAAAAGUACCCAUUCAAUAUUGACAAAUAAUUCCAGGUUGUCUAUGGAUAAUAUUUCAUUAAAUACUGAAGAUAUUUUAGUAAAAAAUAUGCCUUAUGAUGAACAGUCUUUAGUAUUAGAUAUUUCAACCAAGAAUAAAAAAAUCAGUGUGAUAGAUAAAAAUGUUGCAGACUUAGAAUUUACAACAAGGAAUGAUAAAGAACAAAAUAAUAGUAAUUCUUCUUCAACAUAUAAUUCAUGGUUGGAAAUUAAUGAUGAAUUCAUAUCCAAUGAAAAUAUAGAUAUAGUGGUUGUUAAUAAAAUUAAACACAAUAAUAUUGAAAUAGAAGAAUUAAAUGAAGGUACCAUAAAUGAUAUUCAAUAUUCCAUUGAUAGUGAAAAAGAAAAUGAUACAAUUACUAAUAAAAUAAAAUUAACUGAUAUUGAGAGAAACGAACAAGGUUCAAAUGGUGUAUUAAAUUCAGUAAUUGAAACUAGCAACUCUGAAAACAAUUCUAAACUAUCAAAUAGUACUCAUAACUUAUUGAAAUUUGUUAACAACUUGCAGAUUGAAUCAAAUGAAAGAAAAAAAUUAGACGCAUUUAACAAAAUAAAUUUAAAAAGAGAGUUGUUACAUGGUAUAUACUCAAAUGGUUUCAAUGAUCCAUUAUUACUUCAACAAUUUUGUUUAAAUCAAUGUAUUUCUGGAUGUGAUGCUAUUUUACACUCUUAUCCAUGCACUGGUAAAACAAUUAUGUGUCUUAUUUCAGUUUUACAAAGAAUUGAUACCUUAAUGAAAGAAUGCCAAGGAAUUAUUUUGGUACCAACUAAACAAUUAGCACUUUCAACACAAAAGAUGGUUAAAUCUCUUGGGCGAUUUUUAAAAGUCUUCACGUGUAUUGGAAGUAAAAAUGUACCACGUAAAGUUGCUCCCGUGCCACAUGUAAUCAUAAGUAUACCUCAAGACUUAUGUUUAAUGAUAGAUAAUGGUUCAUUAUAUUGCAACUUUAUUAAAAUAGUUGUUGUGGAUGAUGUUGAUGAUAUGAUAAAUGAUAUCUCUUUUUGCAAACAAAUGAAGCAAAUAUUAUUAUUUCUUCAUAAUGAUCGACAGCUAAUACUUUCAUCUUCAUCAAAAUUAGAAGCCAUGCUUGAUAUAUUUUCCGAUUGUAUGAAAGAUCCUGUUCAUAUGAUUUUACCAGAUAUAAAGCCUUCAUUAGGAGAUGUAAUUCAGUACUACUUUUAUGUACAAGAAGAAUGGAAAUUUGAAGCUUUAGAUAAGCUUAUUGAGGCAUUAAAUUUAAAUAAUAUUAUUGUAUAUUGUAAUACAUGGGAUAAAACCCUUUGGCUAGCUGAAAAUUUGCGUAUUAAGGCAUGCACUGUUUCAACUGUAAAUAAUGACAUGGAGUUAAAUCAACGUCAACUAAUUUUGAAACGAUUUCAUUCUGGUUCAACUCGUUUGCUUAUCACAAAUAAUUUGUUGAAAGAUGAUAAGUUUAAAAAUGUAGAAUGGUUAAUUAAUUAUGAUUUGCCUAGAAAUGCUAAAAAGUAUGUGCGUAUGAUAAUAGGGCAUUUUAGUCAAAGAAUAAAGGUUAUAAACUUCAUCACAGAAAAUGAUACUGAUAAUAAAAUAAAUAUUGAAACAACAUUAAAAACUAUGAUGCUUGAAAUUCCUCUAAGUAUUAGUAAUUUAUUGGAGUCAUUCAAAAGUAAAUUACAUUAAUAUAAAUUUUAUAAAGAAAUAAUUAUAGAUUUUUAAUUAAUCUGUUUAAUAUAUUUUAAACUAGAUUUUAAUUUAUCAUGUUAAUCAUUGUUUUUAUUAUUAGAUAAAUACUAUAUAAUAUGUAUAAAAAUUUGUGUGUACAUUAUUUUAUAGAUGAUAUAUAUUACUUUUUUUAUUUAUUUUAUGAAUUUAUGACUUUCUAUGAUAAUAAAAUUUUACUAUUAUUUUUUAUUAAUAAAUAUAUUAUUAACUUUUCUAAUAAAUUAAAUAUUUUAUGUUCUUAUGAUUGAAGCUAUAACAUUUAUUGUACAAUAAUUAAAAUUAGGUUAUUUUAGAGA